AUGAAUGAUCAAAGCUUGACUGAUAAUCAGCAAGCGUUUGUGCAGUCGGUGGUAAAGAGAAUAGAGACAUUAUUACCAAUUCGAACAGGACGAACUAUUCGGGAGGUGGAAAUCGACCCUCAAUUCAUACACACUAAGGAGCUUUUCUUGAAAAACGAAUGUCAUAAACCGAGAUUCAUCACACUUAUCUUAACUUCGCUAACUGGCUUGUUAAAGACAAUCAAUGCUGAAGCUCAAAACAACAAGCUCAAAUACAGAGACGAGAAGUCGCGUUGGUCAACAUUACUAGUAUGCAAGUUGUUAACUGAUGUACUAACUGCAAACUGGAAUCGAAAAUCAUUUUAUAUGAGGGAUAUCGAUGCAAUAAGCAAUUAUUCUAAUUACUACUAUUACGAUGUCCCUGAGCCUCUAGAUUCGAAUAUCAUCGUGAAUAUCCUUGAUUUUUACAUCAAUUUAAUGUCCUCAGGUAUGCUCAGAGAGGUGCUCACAUUGAUUCGUAAUGAACCGCUACCUAGUCAGAGAAUGACCUUGCAACAAGCAGUCGAGGAGGAGGAGGAGAACUUUAAGGGAGGAGAGCAGCAAACAAGCGAAGAGGGGUCGAUAAUCAGUGCCGUCUCAGAAGUCGAUUCAUGUAUCGAAAUCAUCUUGGCGUUUGUAUCUACAGCCAACCCCGACGAGUAUUAUCAGUACUUGGUAAGUAAGGUUUUCUGCUACUCAAACAAAGGCCAAACUAUACCUUUACCAGUGAUUCAAACAUAUGUGCCAUUGUUGAAAUAUUUGUAUUUUUCACGCUCCAUCAUUGAUAAGAUAGCUAGCGAUUCUUUAAAGGCAAUCGCCUUUAUCAAAUCAAAUACUUGGAAACAGGUGUUUUUGUUUUUUUUGGUAAGCAGCGGCAAGGACCAGAUGUUUUCAAGACCAGAAGAUUACAAGCGGUUACUCGAUUCUCAAACUAUGCGCCAUUACAAUGAUUUGAAAUUGUUAUUCGACGAAACAUUGACUCUUUUUGAAGAAAGCCAAAUAAUGUCCCGUUGUGCACCAUUUGUGCUAGCCUGCUUGCUCUGCGCAUGUUUAGAUGAUUUUAACGAAAUGAACUCAGUUAAACCAAUCAACAAGUUGAAGCUCACUUUUAACAAAAGAUUAAGAUACGUCUCACAGAUUUUAAAGGACUCGGCAAGUUCAUUAAAUUUGGAGUGUUUUGAGGUCUUGAUACAUUUUUUCCAUUUGGGAGCAAGGCUCGAGGCCUCGGGUUUUAAACACCAUCCUGUGCUUUUGUUCAGCUUGCGCCAUAUAGAUGAAACUUAUGGUAGAUUAAGAAAGUUUGAAGAAGUGCACAAGAAGGAGCUUUUGGAAAGUGACGCUCUAAAGCUUAAAUAUGAGACCGUAAGGGUCAAUUAUUAUACAGCAGCAAUUUUGUUGCAACCUGACAAGUACGUUGAUAUUGUCAUUGACAUAUACAAGGCCGAAAUGCAAGACAUUCGAAUUACAAGGGUAUUUGUAAAAAUAAUGAAGGGACUAUCAGAGAUUGAAAUUGCUCAAGGUGUGUUUCUUAAAGUAAUCCUGGGCUUGGUCGACACUCUCAAAUCUAUCAUGUAUGGAGCACUAAAAAUUUUGCACUGCUAUGCAAUUUUCUGUGAACAGGAAAAUAUUCAUCACCAAAACUUGAAAUCAAAUGAAUUGGAUGCUUUUUAUGUUGACGAGAAUGUCGAAAAAGAUGACCGUUGCUUAAAAAAAGCUUUUGAGAAAACGCAAACAUGCUUAGACCACUAUGCCAUAGAUUUGGAAGACCGAAUACGAAGCCAUGGACUUAUGCACGACAUUACAAAACAGAUGACGACAAUGACAGCAACGACGACGACGACGACGACAGCAACAGCAGCGACAACAGCAACUACGACAUCAACCGCUUCACCAGUGAGUUUGUCUUCCUUUUAUGAUUUUCGAAUUAUUAGCAAUGCGGAGGAAAUAUUGGCAAACAUUUUUGCAAUUUUUGUGGCUGCUCCAGAUUUAUACUUUAAUGACAAAAAAUUGAUGAAUGAUGAAAACUUAAAUACUGUUCCAUACGCACAAUUGCUCAGGUCGUUAGUCAACUUUAAUCAUAUGUGUGUUUUACCUUUGCGAGAAGCAUUCAAAGCGCAAUGGAUAGCUCAAGGGAACACAAGAUUGUUUGAUGCCGCUCGCAAGUUGUCAAUGCAAAUGCUUGAACCAAAUUCCAAAAUUGAUUUAGAAUGCACUGUUUUGUCCUCGUUUACUAAUUUCCAUAUAUGCAAUUGUAUCAUUCUGUCCAUAUGUGAGACAUGCCUAGGACUAUCCUUAACGGACCCAAAAUUCAAGUCGUCAUUUUUGUUUUUGAUUGAUUUUUUGCACAAGAGGGACAACUAUACAAAAAGACUUUUGUCAAAUUCUAUUCUUCUUGAUAAAAACUCACGAAAGCUAUAUGAUACUUGUGGAGGGGUGAUUUAUGCUGUCGAAAAAGUUUUACUUUUGUCCUCAUGUACACAUGAUGCUCAAUUUUACAAUUAUGCAAAGCAAGGGAUAGAAUGGUAUGUCGAUGAAAUGCACAAUCAUAGUGCUUUGUAUAGCGAGUCAGAGAUUUGUGACAAUUUGCUUGAAACUUUUGAACAAAUGAACAAAAAAGAGAACGUAUUCACAGGUUUUGUUUCCUUACAAAAGAAGCAUUGCAGCAUUUUUAGAGGAGCGAAACCUACAAAGGCAUUGUUUCAUGUUUGGCUUAUUAUUCUCCAGCUCUGGAGAGAAAUGUUGGUUGAUAACAAGCAAAUGAAUGAAAAUAAUAUGAUCUUUCGACAUUUUCUUGGAUUUUUGGUUUCAGCGUCGGGUUGCUUCACGCAUGGAGUUCAAUCUAGUGCUUCAAAACAAAAGGAGUUGCAAGAGCUGUGUAGUGUGUGCAUAUCCGAGUUUUUUGAUCAAUGCAUUAGCUUGCUAACAUCCCAAGAUUUAGUGGUAAGAGCAAUUGUUAAAGAAACAUUGUCUAACGAAUCGCAUUCGGAUGUUUAUGAUAUGAUUGCCUCCAAAUUGACUGCAAAAGCGACAUCAUUUUUGGAAAGAAAACUACAAACUGUGGAAAUUGUGGUUUUCUUGGAGCAGGCAAUGACAAUAAUGACGGCAAUGCUCAAUGUCAGAAAUGACGGGACACUUUUGCUUUCUUCUUUGCUACCACAAAUUUGUCAAUUUUUCAUACAUUUUAUAAAUUCUGUUGAUGACCUUCUGGAAAAACUUAGGUUGAAAUUGCGAUUUUGUAAAUUAGCAAUUGCCUUAGAGCUGGAUCGAAAUAGCACUGGAUUGAAUGGAGCCUACAAAUUGAGGAACUUUUAUGCAAAGGCAACCAUGGAAUGGUUGGAGCAAGGGGUUGUGUAUGAAGAUUUCACGGACACAGAAACAGGCAAAGGUAAACAAACAGAAGUUUGUAUCUUGAAAAUGGAUUUUGCAGUUCAGUGCUCCAAGGCCUUGCGUUAUCAAUUAGAAAACUUGUUUUUGGAAAUACCGGAUGGUAUCAAAGAUGACGACACAAAGAAAUAUAAAGAUUUGGCGUUUGGUAAUUAUUUUCUGAUAUUUUAUAAAAUAAUUCAAAAAUAUACUACAGUUCCAGAGUUAUCUCGCAACAAGCAUACAUUACAGCAGGUUGUUGAUAACAUUUUAGCAACAAUUACAAAUAUCUUGCAAUAUGACAGCGAGAUUGGAAUUCAGUAUUUAUUACCUAUGGGAUAUCAUGAAAACCAAAAGAUUAGAGCCAUAUUUUUAAACGUAUUUGCUAGCAUGUUGUCCUCACAGAUUGUUAAGAAAAAGCGAGAAGAGUUUUCUAUUGAUUUAGUUGAUGAGCUUCUGAAGCAAACGGAAAUAUUCAGUUCCGUAGCCGAUUGUGCAACUUCAAUGGAACACAAUUUAUUAGCAUCAUCGCUUUUUAGUGUGUUUUCAUACACAAAACGAUUGGACAAGUUACUACAAGUGCUUUUAAUAGACGAAAUUGCAAGCUUAACAAGAUCAACUGAUUUGUUUAGAAGGAAUUCCACACUAACAAGGUUGUUAUUUAACUUUACUCAGGAUUUUGGCCUACCAUACUUGAAUCGUACUUUGGGACUGGUAAUUCAGGAGAUUGUUUUUUUGAACAUCCAUUUUGAAGUUGAGAAGAAGGAAUCGUCUGAGGACUCGGCAUUAUUUUUUGAGUAUGUUGGCAAACUAGUGGAACUGAUUACAAAAUCCGCAGAUGACCUUCCAGUAUCCUUUAAAUUUGUUUGUGCGCAGAUAUACCAGGCUGUGCGGGUAAAAUUUGAAGAUGCUGCCUUGAUUGCUGUGGGACUGUUUAUCUUUCUUCGAUGCUUGUGUCCUGCUAUUAUUAGUCCAGAACAGUAUCUUAAAAUACCAGUGGAAAAUAUGAAAACGAAGCGUUCUUUGAUGCAGUUAGUUAAGGUACUACAGAAUAUGGCCAAUGGAACACUUUCUUCGAUUCGAUGGCCUGGAUUGGUUGGGAAACUUGACGUUCUAAAUGAAUUGAAUGAUAAAAUAGUUGCGUUUUUAAAGAGCAUUUCCACAGUGCCUACUGAGGAUUAUCCAUUCCCAAACGUGUGCGAAAAGAAACCUCUUGCUGAAUUGAGGUACUUGCACAAGUUUAUCUACAAUAAUUUUGUUCCUAUUCGGACCACUUUUCUAAGAGACAAAGUAGCUGUCAGCAUCAAAUCAUCACAUGAGCGAGUUGAGAAGUUCAAGGAGUUUGAUCGAGUGGUGAUGAAAAUGGGUCAGCCAAAGCCAAGUGUUAAAUUGCAAUUAAACUCAGCUUUAAGAAUGUAUGAGGUGAAUGGUAAUGAUGAGGAAGAAAUCAAGUUCAACGAUUUUAUGACUAAGAUGUCCUUGAAAUAUGCCGAUACACCUCCAGAUGCGGUUGAUUUGAUACAUAGUGCUAUAUUCAAAGAUGCAACACCGGCAAUUGUUGUUAAUUUGAAAAAGAUGAAAAAAAGGCCCAAAGAUAUUCAAUACCUAGUGUACAAGCUAAUGGAGACGGCAUCUCAAGUAUGGGACAACAAAUUUUAUUUGAUUUACGAUUUUUCAGAGUUUUAUUUUUACAAUAAGGAAGGGCCCUCUGAAUUUACUCAUUUAGUGUCAAAUUAUUCAAGCAAGCAGUUGUUUUCCAAUUGUAAAAGAAUAUACUAUUUCAAUAUACCGAGACCUGAGCACAGUGGGAUUACUGAAUCAAUUAAACAAUUACGAAAGAAGGGAGCUGAAUAUGGUACAAGAAUUUACAUCCACUCCUCAGUUGACUCCGAUCACAUUGUUGGUAAUUUGUGUUUGGACCAAGAGACUGUAACAAUCAGUAAAGAUUGCAAACUGACAUACAAAAAUGUAUUUUUGUAUGAGUCCAGCACUAAAAGGUAUGUGCCAGUGUAUCUCAAGAUUGGAAGAAUAUUUCUUACUUUGUUUUUUCAAGAACGCGUUAGUUUCAGAAGCCCUCUUUCCUCAAUGGACAAUUUUAAUCCUGUUGAGGUUUAUAGGCUAUCCGAUAUAAGCCGUUGCGAAAUCUCAAACUAUACUGGAUUUGAUGACGAGUUCACCAUUUAUUUGAAUCAACCAAGCGAAGUAACCUUGAGAUCUCCCGAUAGACUUGAGAUUUUAAGAUUUUUAUAUUUUACCACGUCCAGAUUACCCAAGGACCUUACGUACCAGGAACCAGACAAAGAUUACCAGAACGAAGUACAUGAGAUGCACUGGUUUGCACGAUUGUACAACAUUGUUUUCCAAGGACUACUCAGUCACAAUUCAGAGGUGAAAACUUCAUCAGCUGUACUUUUUGGAGCAUUGUCAUCUUACUACGACAUAGAUUUUGGUAUAACGGAAAAGCACGCUAGGACUUCACCUUUUCCGACUGAUGCUACUAAUUUGGUGGUUGCCGUUUCAAAUCAUUUAGCGUCUCAUUAUCCCAGGAUGACGUAUCGUUUUUUCAAGGCGUAUUUUGAUAACUACGAAAAUAUGGAGCUGCAAUCCCAAUUGAGCUCUAUCCUUUACAUGGCUCCAUGGGUCAACAACGUUUAUGACUACGUGUACUCACAAAGCGGACAUAAUGGACUAGAACGUGUUGCCGAUUUGAUACGUCAAUUUUGCCGCAUCACAUCUUUGAAUCGCAAGCAAAUUCCCUUCAUCAAUGACUAUAUUUGGAAAAAGCUUUUUCAAGAGACGAGAUUAGUAUCUUCAUUAGUGGAGGAAGUAGUAGCAUUUGCAAUUGAUAGCAAAAAUGAAGGGCCCGAAUGGUCCUUUAUAAUUGCAGUUAUAGUGCCUUCAGUCGAAGUAUGUGGUGAAGUGAUGUCAAGGUUGAUGUUUUCAGUGAGGCAUGCAGUCACGACGGACUCAGCAAUUGCUUCGCAAUCCAAACUAUUUGAAAUAACGGUUCUUGUUAAAAUUUGUUCCUCCUUGUUUUUCAAUUCAUACAUAUUGGCACGAUUGUUUUUGGCCGAUAUCAUUUUUUUUGUCACUUUGUUCAUUGACAAUACUUCUUUGGAAGUGGGUUCAGAUUUGCGCAAUUUGAUAAUCAGUACUGUGCAGUCCUUCUUACACAAACCGCGGUUAACGGUCCGGCAACAGGAUAACAUUAAUCAAACUAUUGAAUAUUUCAGCACACCUCGAGCAAAAAUGUUAUUUGGUAUGACUAGGGACGUAAAAUCAAUAUUGGACGUGGGCCAGUCGUUUAAUCGAAUAGCCAAUUUUGAAGUUUUGUGUGAUUAUUUGGAUGAGUUUAUCGAUGUUGUGAGUAGUUCUGAUGACAAAACAAAUUGGAAGGCACGAUGGUCUUCCAACGCUUUUGAUGUUGCAUUUGACAAGUAUUCGUUGUUUCAAAAUAGGGCUGUUCUAGUUGCAGGAAUAUUAGCCAAAAGCGGCCUUACAGACUCGAUUGCUUGCAGAGCUAUCAAGCUUAUUGCUCACGGGAAACUAAGAAGUAUUGAAACUGUUAUGUGCACUUCAAUUGCAACCGCUAGAAUAGUGAAUGGACUACAAGAUACUUCGAUGCUUCCACCAAUACUUAUUUGGCCGCAGUUUUGUUUCGCUUUGAUGAAUUGUUCCAUCUUGUAUCAGGCAGGGGUGCAAAAUAUAAUAGCAUCCGUGACCAAGAUGAUUGGACUGGGUCUGGAUCAUUUCAUAGACAAAUCUUACGAGAAAAGGAAAUAUUUGGAGCCUUAUCUAAGUGACUUUGAAAAGCGUCAUGAAAUCACUGUUACAAAGGAGAAUUUUGGAGCUUACGUUUUCAUGAUAUUAACGCAGGGUUUGAAAGUUUCACAGUUUCGCCACUUGGCAAUUGAAAGCAUUAAAACUUAUUACAGAAAAAGAUUUCAUGCCGAAAUUCACAAAUCUAUUACCACCAAGUGUAUUACAGCAAAUGCUUAUUUGUACCUAGUAUUUUUGUAUUUGUACACGGACAAUAGUGAGUUUGAAGAGUUUUUAGAAGAAUUUAACAUAGAGAGUGAAUUUGUUCAAAUUAGCAAGUGCCAGCGAAUAUCAAAAUUUUUAAUCGACUUUAUGCUACAGGACGAUGACACUUCAAGACUUACCCUUGUUUACCUCGGACAAUUUUUCAGCGAUGUAAAAGGAGUUGAUAUAGGUCUUCGCACUCGUUUCAUUGCCAUCUACCACGAGCUUCUUGUUCGACAUAUGGAUACAGCUUUACUAAUUUACCAUAUGGUACAGCCGGCAUUAACAUUGUGGCUUGUGAAUACCGGCUCGUUGGAAGAUAUUGAGAAAGUUUCUGAAAUCAUCCUUAUGAUAUCCGAGGUCAAAGAUUAUAAUCCUAGAAAAUAUGUUGCAAUCAUUGAUGAAUUACUCACUACAAAUAAAUUACAAAUAAUCAAAAGACUAAGAGACAUGGAACCAGUCGAAAGCGUAUUGAAUGCCGAUGGCAGAUUCACGCCCUCAUUUAAUAUUGAUAUUAAGGAUAUACAGGUUAUGUUCUACAGAUCCGCUUGUAUUUACGUCGAAGGAUUGAAAUUAGAAGACUGA